AUGUCUAGCAGAGACAUUUAUUAUUCCGAGAAAUACUAUGACGAGGAACAUGAAUACAGGCAUGUGGUGUUACCCAAGGAGAUGGUGAAGCUGGUACCCAAAAACCAUUUGAUGUCGGAGCAGGAGUGGCGAGGCAUUGGAGUGCAACAGAGCCAGGGCUGGGUGCACUACAUGACACACCAACCUGAGCCUCACAUCCUACUAUUUAGGCGAAAGAUGACAACCCCACCAGAAAAAAAGUAA